UUCACUGCCCUUUUGUGCUCAUUUUUCAAUAGUCUAUCAAUCAACAUUCCUCUCCUCUUCAUUUAGCUUUUUCUUUUUAAGCAUUUACCCAAAUUAACGCGCGUAUCUAUUUCUCAUAUACAUCUACAUGAUCCCUCUUUCUACCUUUCUUUGCCAACUAAAAACUUCUCUAAUCUCAAAGUGCUCUCAAAGAUCUACAACAUCCGACAAUUCAAUCAACGGUCCAACGAAUAGACUGUAUUUUAUAUUUCUAUAUUUCUAUUCACCAUCAACUCUUGAGAAACAAUCGCCUGUUUGCGGAUGCCUAUGCUUAGAGUAAAGAACACAUCCAAUGCAAUCCAUAUGAACUCAUAAGAUCAAUGACCAUGGUUCAACAUUUAAACAGAACAAUCUUAGUAUUAUAUACAAUUGCACACUUAAAACUCUACACAUUUACUUAUCAUCUAAAAAGAAAGAGC